UAAAAUGCCUUGCCAUUUCAGCGAUAGUUCGCAUUGAGACAUUCACAUGGUCGGGAUGAUGAAGUCAACUUCUUCCUUGUCUUUGGUUAUUCUGUUCUUAUCGUUCGCAUGGAGUCGAGAAAUAUAUUCAGGAAAUGAUAUUGAUUUAAAACGCUUGCAAGGAGGAGUCUGGUUUCUCACACUUGCUGUGGACGACUCGUCCUGGACCGUAUUAUGGAAAUGUCAUGUUGUUUCAUUCUUCAACGUAACAGAGAAUACGAUGAAGUUCUACACGUACAAUAUUCCCAAGAAUAAAUCACAGAAUUCUCAUUCUGUUAUAGAAGAUUUAUACCGCGACUACCAGGGUCAAAUUUGGAAUAAUCAUCAGUUUGCGAAAAUCUGGGAGCAGCUGGAUACAGAACUAUAUCAAGAACAACCAUCUGUUAGCAUGGAAAUAAGACCUCCCUCUAAGGACGAGUCAUUGUACUACUCUCAUCCAUAUGCCUAUUCAACAGACUAUUCAACUUUCUUUAGUAUAUCAGCUCCAAUGGAGGAUGGUCGGAAGCUUUUAGAAAUUUUCACCAGGACGCCGACAAUAAAUGAUGACAAUCUUUCAGAGCUCAAAGCUUUUGCAGUUGAGCAAGGAAUCGAUCCAAGCACGUUAGUGACAUUCGGAUGUGGUGACCUGAUUCCAUCGAAUUAUCUAUUAGCUUAACGCCAACCCGAGCAGUCUUGUUUGUAACAAUGUACCGAAAGACUUUCAAUUGCAAAUGUAAAUGUUACUUAAGUGUUUAGUUUGCUCCAUGCAAAAUUACCCCAAUUGAAGAAUAUGAGCUAAAAUCAAUUUCGUUUUGAAAGAAAGAUCAUUUCAUAACCUGAAAAGAAAUUUUCUAAGUGGCGGCAAUAUUGUAUUUCGAAAUAUUUUUGGAGAAACUACUAACUAUUUCUUAUUUGAAAAAAAUUUAGCAUAACUUUUUUUCGCCAUGAACAUCUUCAUUUGCGACUUUCCCAACCUGAAAAACGUGCAAAAUGAACCACUAUAUUAUACGCAGAGCCAUGUAAAUCUAGUACUUCAGCAUGUAAUAAAAAACAGUUUAAAUGUA